AUGCAAUGGCUGGAGCACCCUGAGACGACACCCUCGGCAGAAUACCUCAUCACUGCACCUCUUAGCUUCCCACUUAUUGGUCUGUUACAGCUCGUUCAUCUGAAGGCUAUUUGCGUGAGCCUCAGUAGCAAUCACGAGGACUUCCCCAUGUUCUUCGAAGCAUUGGCAGGUCACUCUCAGGGCGUUGUGGUCGCUGCGGCCGUUUCUACUGCAUCAAACUGGUCAGAGUUUUACGAUGCCGCUAUUAAAGCAGUAACAAUUCUGUUUUGGAUAGGAGCACGGUCCCAGCAAGUGUUCAGCCAAGAUAGCUUGCCAGAGGAGAAAGCUACCCAGUUUGAAGCGGACGGAUAUGGAAAGCCCACGCCAAUGUUAUCCGUCUCCAACAUCGACCGUCGUCAUUUGAACACGAGCAUUGCUAAGCUCAACCAGUCACUUCCAAUUGCUAACCAGGCACACAUUGGGCUGGUCAACUCAGCAACCAAUUUCGUGGUCAGCGGACCUGAAAGGACACUCGCUGCACUGAUCCAAUCAUUGAAGUCAAGCUCGGCCAAAGAGGGCCAGUCUCAAGCACGCAUACCCUUCUCUCAACGCAAGCUAACUCCAAACAUUCGAUUCCUCCCUAUCACCAUCCCCUGCCACUGUGAUCAUUUAGACACAGCGAUACCACUUAUCGAGGGCGAUCUCCUUGAUUUGUCUAUCGAGGCAACAGACUUGAAAGUUCCUGUCAACCAAACAAUGGAUGAAUCAUCCCUAGCGUCUCAGGGAGGCAAUUUGGUACCGGCCCUGAUUCGAAUGAUCACAUCUGAGCCAGUCCACUGGACCGAGAACGACUUCGGUAGUGCAACGCAUAUUGUUGAUUUCGGUCCUGGUUCGACAGCGGGCGUUGGUGCCCUCACCCACCGA